AUGACAUGAGACGCACUGGAAUAUGCAUCUGAGAUGUACAGUGUAUUUUACUAAUUUAUGUUUUUAUAAAAUAAUUCCCUCAAAUAAUGGCAGCGAAGUUCCUUCAUGAACUGGUGCACGAGGCAGCGCUCUCGCGCGGUGAUAACAUCGCUGUCACGUUUGACAGCAGCAUUGCGUCGCGUGUCUCUUUGACAUAUGAUGAGUUUAUUGCUCUUUCAAAUGAAUUAACCGAACAAUUGCGCAUCUUUAUCCAGACAAACAAUGCUGCUAUAGGAUUAUUCUGUCAUGCUGAUAUCUUCCUUCCUGUCUGGAUUAUGGGUGUUCUGCAGUUUCCUGCUGCAUAUGUUCCUUUGGAUCCUGCUUCACCUCCUCUGUGCAUCUUAAGAAUGAUUAACAAGUGCAGUUUGGACUACUGCUUGAUACAGAGUCAUCUACUUCACCAAUUCCAGACAGCUUUUUCCAACCUGCUAUCACUGACACUAUGUGCAACAUUGUCCUCACAUAAGCUAACUUUGAUGAAGUUAAAGAGAGAGCCGGAUGCAAGUAUUCAACCUGAGACAGAAGAGUAUCUAGCCACCUCAGCUAUUGCCAAACAUUUCCACCAGAGGGAGCCAUUGGCUUACAUAUUGCACACAUCUGGAACAACAGGUCUACCAAAGACAGUGAAGGUCCCACACAAAUGUAUUGUGCCUAAUAUAAUACAUCUAAGAUCUGUAUUUAAGAUGACUGCAGAAGAUGUUGUGUUCCUUUCUUCUCCUUUAACCUUUGACCCAUCUGUGGUAGAGAUGUUUUUGGCCCUGUCCUCUGGAGCUUGUCUCCUAAUUGUCCCAUCUGCUAUCAAAAAGAUGCCACGAAGACUUGCACAUGUGCUGUUUAAACGAAAUGGGACAACAGUUUUACAGGCCACUCCCACUCUGGUGAGGCGGUUUGGAAGGCGUGUCCUGCAAGAGGAGGUGCUCAGUGCAAACUCAUCCUUGAGGCUGUUGGCGUUUGGAGGAGAGCCAUGCCCAUCUCUAACUCUUUUACAGAGCUGGAGACAGAAAGACAAUAACACGGACAUCUGUAAUCUUUAUGGCACUACAGAAGUCUCUUGCUGGGCAAGCUGGUACAGAGUCCCAGACAAACUCCUAUGUGAGGAUGACAUUAAUGAAUCAGUGCCCCUUGGGGAGCCGAUGCUGGAUACUAUAAUGGAAGUGAGAGAUGAGACAGGAUGUCUCAUAAUUGAUGGAGAAGGCCAACUGUUUAUUGGUGGUCAAGAGAGAGUGUGUCUGAUAGACGACGAGGAAAAUAUGAUCAGUGGAACCAUGCGUGCAACUGGUGACUGGGUGCAGGUGCGCAAUUCCCAUUUGUAUUUCCUAGGCCGUAAGGAUCGGCUGGUGAAACGCUUCGGUCAACGGGUACAUCUAGAUGCCCUGCAGCAGACCAUUGAGAAUUUACCCCAGGUAGAGGCAUGUGCCGUGAGUUUAAGUGAGGAUAGCAGGCUGAUGGCAUUUAUAGUGCUUGCAUCAGGUCACCUAAGAGCCCCUUCAUCUUCCUCCUCUGAAGUUCAUAGCGAACACUCCAAAGAGUCCUUGAAAGAUCUUGCUGCUGCAGAUGAUGUCACAAGAAACUGCACGGACGCGGAGGUCAGAGUUAUUGAAGGGGAGAUUCGUCAAAGGUUGUCACAGCUAUUGGACAGUCACAGCAUUCCAGACACAUUAUUGUUUAUUCCUGCACUUCCACUUACAUCUCAUGGUAAAGUAUCAAUAGAUGAGUUGAUGAAGAUGUUUCAGACACAAGGACAACACACGAAUAAACAAACUAAACAUGUAAACACUGAAACUAUGAGACGGAAAUUACAGACUCUAUGGAAGGAGUGUCUUGGCCUUGCCAGUGAUGUGGUGGUUGAGGAAGAUGCACACUUUAUGUUAAGUGGAGGAGAUUCCCUUCAGACCCUUCGCCUGUAUGAUGAGAUCACUGUUGCCAUGGGGACAACCCCUGUUGGCCUGCUGGAGGUCAUAUUAGAUGGCUCUUUCGUAGAUGUCCUUAACCUUAUAGUGACACACAUGGAUAAUAACAUAACCCAACCGUCGAAAAAGAGAAUGCAUGAUGAUUCCAGCUCUGAAGUUUCACCCAAAAGACAGCACAAGCAUAUGAGUACAGUAAGAGUCACAGACAGCCUAAUAAGUCCAUCUGAUUCUGUAAGGACUAUUGGAUUUGUAGUUGUAAGGCGGGCUGGUGAUGUUAUCGAUUGGGGUUGUUUUCAAAAAGACUGCUUUUCAGACACAAUAGGCACAGAAAAGAGCGAGAUUAUAGUGCAGAGUACUACUUUGGACAAUAAUGCAGAUUUAAUAAUUGAUGCAUCAAAUGAACUUUGUAAUAAAUCUCAACAUAAUUCUGCCAUUGAAGAGGUCGCAGAAGAAGUUCGCAGGGGUCAAGUUACUGAAACAGAGAGAGGUGAAGGUUCUUCAGAUGUUCUUCCACUUGGCCUCAGGGUCCUCUGGAGCUCAGACACCGGCAGAUGUGUAGAUGCUUCUCCAGUGUUACUGGUGACUCCUGAAAGAACCACAGUGUUCAUUGGGUCUCAUUCGCACAGACUUCAGGCUCUUAACCUGACCAACGGAGAAGUCAUCUGGGAACGUAUCCUAGGAGAUCGGUUGGAGUCCUCAGCUGCCAUUUCAAAAUGUGGGACCCUUUUGGCAGUAGGUUGCUAUGACAAACAAGUUUAUUUUUUGGAUGUUGCCUGUGGAGAUACUUUGUGGACAUUUGAGACGGGAGACAUGGUGAAAAGUUCUCCUACUGUGGACCCUAAAACUGGGCUGGUCUUUGCAGGGUCUCAUGAUGGAUACGUGUAUGCAUUAGAUCCACUGGCUAAAUCUUGUACAUGGCAGCAUUAUUGUGGUGGCGGCGCAGUGUUUUCAUCCCCUUGUGUACACCUGUCUCCUAGACAGUUAUACUGUAGUACACUGGGAGGUGAUCUUCACUGUCUUAAUCCAGACAUUGGAGUAGUCUUGUGGACAUAUUCCAGUGGCGGUCCGUUUUUCUCAUCUCCGUACUGCUCUGAUUCCUGUGUCUUUAUUGGUUCAGUAAAUGGUCAUAUAUUUGGAGUAAGUCAUUCGGGAGAUAAGAUCUGGGACUUCUCCACUGAAGGACCAGUCUUCUCAUCGCCCUGCGUUUCUUCCUUGGCAUCACUAACCAACUAUCAGGUUGUGUCUAAGACUUCCAGCAGGUGCACAUCUACAUCAUCAGCCUCUCAAAUGGUCACAUGUGGGUCACAUGAUGGGCAUGUAUACUGUUUAAAUGCCAUUAAUGGAUCUUUACUAUGGAAGUUUCAAACCACAGGCAAAGUAUUCUCUACUCCAUUUGUGUUUGAUGGCACUCCAUGGGGUUUUAGAGCAUUAGUAGCUGUGUGCUCAACAGAUGGUACGGUGUGGAUUUUAGAUGGAGAAAGAGGAACAUUAAAGGCAUCCUUGUCCUUGCCUGGGGAACUUUUCUCUUCUCCCGUUGUAUGGGGGCAAACCUUAGUUGUUGGAUGUCGUAAUGAUUAUGUUUACUGUCUGGAACUAACCAAACACUGAUGGAUUUUAAUCCUAGAUACGUAUACUUUAUUGUUUUUAGCAAUGAGUAACUCAUAAAGAAAGAUACUAAAGUUAUUGGGUUUAUGUAUAGCAAUCCUGCUAUAAUGGCACACUAUGCUGAAUGCUAACUAAUAAACCAGCACUUUUGAAUAAAAUAAAAUCAGUAUAUCAAUUUCCAAGGUUCGCAAACAUCUUUAAUUUUCUCUACAUGUUUCAUAACAUUUGCGUCACUUUCUUUUAAUGAAUAUUUCUAAAGUAGAACAAAAAGUGCAAUUGUCAUAUCACAUACAACACUGUUUACGCUACACUACUGCACACGACCAAUGUAAAAACAAAGUGAUGCGACUGCCGUUCAGGAGAUCUCCAUAGAAAUACAGUCCAUUUCAUUUCACCUCUAUACAUACAUACAUACAUUACAUACAUACAACAUUACAUUUGAUAGUGGGGUCAGUGGCUCUGCUGAGAGAUCAAAGCUUCCAUUUUAUCAUUUCCACAUACUUUUUAUCCAAAACAACAUACAGUACAUUUUUAGGUAUAGCUUCACCUACAAGAAAAUCCCUCUGGAGCAAUCUAAGGUUAGCUGCCUUGUUCAAGGAUAUAUAGAGGUGGUGUCCAUUAUUAGUCCAUUUACCCAUUCUAUUGUAAGUUUAAACACUCUCAUUGGCUAGAUCUCUUGUUCUGAACCCCCCAUAUGUUGCUUUUGAAACACUGAUCUCACAUCACUUAGCCGUGUCACAGGUUUGCUAAAUAGCGGUAAAAGAGAUGCUAGCACACGCUACGCCAGGACAGCAUUGUUUAUGUUACAGCAAGCAGACAAUUGGUGAUCCCAGGCAACCAAUUUUACAGAAACAGGCGGCUAUAGACACUGCAAGAGUAGAUCAGCACGGCUCAAGUGCAUAUAAUACUAUAGUGUCGCGAAAUUUUGUAGCCUAGAGGAAAAUUCAGUGUUAGUUAAUUACAUGAGUAAACAGUGUUGACAUGUUCUUAUCAUAAUGAUUUUUAGCAAUAGUUAAAAUGACAGUACUCACAGUUGUCACGGACACAGUGAAGAUCUUUGUACUUUAUCAAAUAUAAUAAAUUAAGAAAAAAUAGACCACAUCUGUCCAUCAACAAAGUGUAGUGAUGUCGGCGGUUUUAAGUAAAUACAUGAUGAGAAAGGAUGGCCGUACUUAAAAAAUGAUACAAAACUGUUGUUUGGAUGUACAUGCUCGUGGGGGUGAAGAAUGUGUUUUUGUCAAGGUUAUACCAACUGUGUUGUCGUUGUUGUUAUUAUUAGCCCUUGAAUUGCUUCCCAGAACUGCCACCAGUGGAACAACAUACUGUCUUGUUUUAUUGUUUAAUAAUGUUUAAAUUGUAUUGAAUAUGAACUACAUAGUGUUUUAAUAAUAUCUAGGAUCAAGAGCUUGACAUGCAUUGUGUAUAUAUACACACUGAUGAGUUCUGUUAACAGGCUUUCCAUGAGCACCUUUUUUUAAGAUAUGAGGGGCUGUAAUUGUAUUUAAUUGGCUGUGACAGAAAGGAUUGAAUGUACUGUUGAUGGACAGAACAUGAAAACAUUUUUGAAAACCAAAAGGAAUAAUAGUUGGCUUUUGGAGAUGGAGAUGCGUUUCACCAUUAGUUCUCUGAUCCAUCUAACAGAAUUCACAACGAAUCUGUAUGUAGGCACAAUCUUUUGUCAUCAUGGCAAUACAUUUGAACUUAAACACCAAUUAUUAGAAAAUGCCUGAUUGUUUGAAAUAUUAAGGUCAAAAGUUUCAGUGUUGCCAUUUGUCACUGGAGGUGAGCUGUGGUUCAGUGACCUAACUGAUGUGCAUGAAGAAAAUGAGACUUGUUUGUGUUUUACUGGGUCAAAGGUAUUGGAUCACUUGAUGAUCUGUGGGCAGUCGCUCCAGGCUUUGGCCUUACGCUUGGCUAGGGCGAGCCAGGCAGGCUCGGUGGAAACCUGGGUAGUGUCCCCAGGAGGGAAGCGCUUUGUCACAUCCUUGGUCGCAGGUGGAGAGGGUGUCGGGUCUGUUAUUUCAACUGUGAAAAUAAAGAAUUUAUCUGGAGUAGUUCCCCACAUUGUUGGAAUGAGCUUUCAAUCAUAGUCACUGUAAACCAACAUGUACAGUUAGAAAAGCUUACUUUUCUG